AAAUAUCAACAAUAUCGUCUGUUCACAACGCACGAAUUCUUUAUCAAUAUGAGCGCACCCCAAGAGAAGAAGGCUUGUUUCCCCAAUCCACAAAAUCCAGAACUAUCUAUGCAGAGUGUCGUGGCGGACAAUGCAGACUGGGGUUCUUCCGCUCACCGCUUUCCAUUCUACGUAGAUGGCAAGGCUACUUGGCCAGCAGAAUUAUUAUCUGACACACCAGGCCGCACUACAUCGUAUCAGAGCUUCCAGACCUCCGUUGCUAGCAACAAGGACCGCCCUUAUUUGGGUGAGCGCACCGUGGUGCACAAUGAGGAUGGCAGCACAACCGCUGGUGACUACAAAUUUAUAUCUUUCAAGGAGGCUGAUGAGACUGCUACUCACAUCGGCUCUGCUCUGAAGUCACUGGGCGUUGCCAAGAAUCAACCAGUUGGACUAUACUCCAAGAAUCGAGUAGAAUGGUCAAUGACAGAUCAUGCUCUUUCGUCAUACACGCUACCAUCUGUUGCCAUUUAUGAUACCCUGGGCCCUACAUCUGUCCACUAUGUGAUGGAACAUAGUGAGAUGGUUGCAGCAUUCUUCGAGAAGAUUCGUCUUGAAUCUGUCCUUGAAGCGAUCGGAAAGGGACUUCCAAACCUCAAGCACGUUAUUUGCUUCGAUGAAGUAACAUCUGAAGACAAGGCUAGAUUUUCGGACGCCGGCGUUACGCUAUUUUAUCUAAAGGAACUGGUGGAUAUGGGUGCUAAGAAUGUAGCUGAACAUGAUCCCCCUACUCCAGAGGAUGUAGCGGUACUUAUGUACACCUCCGGUACCACAGGGAACCCUAAAGGAGUGCAAAUUACCCACAGGAACUUGAUGUCGGAUGUUGUAUCAUUGCAACAUCGCCUCCAUAUUGGUAACCAGGAUAUACACUUCUCGUUCCUGCCGUUGGCUCAUAUUUUCGAACGAGUGGUCCAGGCUGUGUGUAUUAGUCAGGGGUGCUGCAUAGGAUAUUACCAAGGAAAACUACCAGAGCUGAUGUUGGAUAUCCAGGCUCUGAGGCCAACAUUCUUCAUUGCUGUGCCGCGUAUCCUGUCACGUAUAUACGAUAAGAUUAGACAGGGGGUAAAGGCUGGCGGUCCCGAGAAGGAGGCAGCUUUCGAGGGUGCGUACAACAUGCGUCUCGCAGCUCUCGCGCGCGGUGAGGACACCCCGGUACUCAAUGAAAAGGUCUUCGAUCGAAUGAGCAUGGCUCUGGGUGGCCGUGUCAAGUGGAUUCUGACUGGUUCAGCACCUCUUGGAGUAGCUGUUCACGAGUUCCUGCGUGUCUGUGUGUGCCCUGUCAUCAUGGUAGGUUAUGGUUUGACUGAGACGACGGCUGGUGCCACACUCACUCACUACAACGACAUGAAGCUCGGCCAUGUAGGGUCCCCGAUGGCUUCGAAUGAGGUCAAGCUGGUCAGCAUCCCUGAAAUGAACUAUCUCACCACUGAUGAACUACCCCGCGGUGAGGUAUGUGUACGAGGAACUAACGUAUUUGGAUCUUACUUGAAGAACCCUGAAAAGACGAAAGAAGAUAUCGAUGAGGAAGGGUGGUUCCACACUGGCGAUGUAGGCCGAUGGAAUGCCGACGGUACUUUAUCGAUCAUUGAUCGCCAGAAGUCCAUCUUCAAGCUUUCUCAGGGUGAGUACCUUGCUGCUGAGAAUCUGGAGGCCAUGUACGGAAAGUGCGAUCACGUUGCGCAGGUGUUUGUAACCGGCGACUCAUUUCACGCGUACCCUGUGGCCGUUGUGGUGCCUGACCAUGAACUGAUUCUUGCUUGGGCUAAGGCGAACAAUGUCCCUGGUGAUGUUGCAAGCAUUGCCAAAUCCGCCGAGUUGAAAGCUUUGCUGACCUCGGAACUCGAGGCGAUGCACAAGGAAAGCAAGCUAAAGGGAUUCGAGAAGCUCAAAGACUUCAUUGUUGAGCCAGAGUUGUUCAGUAUCGACAAUGAGUUGCUCACACCCACUUUCAAACUGAAGCGUGUGAAUGCCACCAAGAAGUACCAAGGCCAGAUCGAACAGUUGUACGAUGAGAUCGAAAACGUCUCCAACCUAAGCAAGACAACUAUUUAGUCCGAAGGUAAUACUUUCCGGUAUCUUCUCAGGGUGGGUUGAAGAAUUGAGCCCAGCUACUCUGAGUGUUGCACAUACCUAUGGUAUUGGGAAGUCCAAUGCGUGAAACAUGUAUAAAAUCAAGUUUAUAAAAUCAAGUUUUCGGUGUUGGAGCAAUCUGAGCACAUACAUGUACAUAAAACUAAAAAAUACACACAUAAGAUAUAUAUAAACAAGAUUGCAAAUGUAAAACAUAUAUGUAUAUAUAUAUAUAUAUAUAUAUAUAAUACACAUUAACAUAUCCUUAGGUGUACGUGCGGUUGUGGCGGUAAUUCAUAUUGGUCAACGUGUGCAGUGAAUAAAACAUUAGUAUAUAGUGUCAGACAGCGGCAGCAGCAACAAGGCCAGUGUUGUGAGAAAAUAAAAUCCCCUGAUUCGUUAUUGACAUUAUUAGCAAGAUACAGACAUACUCAGAACGUGAAUAAUAAAUAUUAGGG